CUACCCACCGCUGCUUCUUCUAAAACAAACCUUCGUAUCUUCCGCUCCAUCAUUUCCAGUUUUGCGCAACUCUUCGGCUUCUUCAUUUCCACUCCUGCGCAACCCCAAAGCCUUCCUCUUCCGUCUGAACCAGUGCUCACACAAAAGGAGGAAGGUCGUUCAACUCCGGCGAGUGGCGGCGACGUCCAACUCCGGCGAUUGGCGAUGACACCUCGCCUCUGCCGGUCCUUUCUCCGCCAUCGUCGUCGACUUCAAUCGUUUGUUCUUCUCCUCCUCCUUUCUUCUGCCCGGUCUCCUCCCUCGAGGAAGCGGCGAUAUUGUCGUGCUGGUUCACCCCGUUGCAGGUGAGCAGAAGUUGGGGACUGAACUAGAUCGGGGCUGUUGGGGUCUAUUCUAGACUAGAUUCGAGCUGGUCGGGGAUAGAUCGGGGCAGUUUGGGUCCGGUUAGGGUUAGAUCUGGGCUUGUCGGGGCCAAAUUGGGGCUGCUGGGGUCUGGUCGCGGCCUAGAUCGGGGCUGGGAUGUGGGCUGUGGACAGGGGAGGGGUGUUGGGGGUUGAGGUGCUGAGGGCUGUGUACAAUGGUAGUGCCGGCAGCGCGGUGGUGUUGAUGGCGGGCAGAUUUGGGCGAGACCUAUGACCUAUGUCACUCACCAGUGUCACUUUUGUCAGUGUCACUUUUGUCAGUGUCACUAUAGCCGGCGGCAGUCUCUGGGCGACGGCGGCAUCACUGUGGCGGCGUCAUUGUGAUCGACGGCGACAGUGACACGGACGGUGGUCGCAGUGACACGGGCGGUGAUCGCAGUGACACGGGCGGUGAUCGCAGUGACACGGGCGGUGGUCGCAGUGACACAGGCGGUGGUCGCAGUGACACGGGCGGUGGUCGCAGUGACACGGCGGUGGCGAUAGUGACACAGGCGGUGGCUACAGUGAUACGGGCGGUGGCUACAGUGACACGGGCGGUGGCUACAGUGACAUGGGCGGUGGCUAUAGUGACACGGGCGGUGGCUACAGUGACAUGAGCGGCGGCUACAGUGACACGAGCGGCGGCUACAGUGACAUAAAAUUCUCUCUAAACCUCCAUAUCAGCUGCAAAAACCUCGAUAUCACCUGCGUAAAAUUCUCAAGGUUGCGUUCGAAGAGAGUAUGAAACUCGAAGCGGAAAGAAGCUAAUUCGGUGAAUCACUAUUCCAAAUUAUCGUUGGUUUCCUAUUUUGUUUGGAUGACACGUCAUUUAGUAAGUUAGGCUUUAUUCACAAAAUUGUGAGCCGUGUUACUCACUUUGAAGUCCAAAAUCUAAUUGGAUCAGUUUCUUGUGAUUUCUUUGGGCCGAGCUAAUAUUAAGGAAUUUUC